GAACCCCACUGCCUGCGUCUGGCCUGCUUAAAGAAGGAGCCUGAUCCUGGGGACUUUGUUUUCCUCCCCCACGAAUGUGAACACCUGGUUUCUGGUAUCUGGCUUUUUAGGGGCGCCCUGAGGAGAUUUCAAUCCCGGUUUUAAUUUGUUGCAACUGAGGCAUAGCGAAAACUAAAGGAGUUCUUUAACCAAGGUCACCCAGGGAGCCUACACUGGCCAACGUGCGGUGGUCCCACCGUCAACUGCCUCUGCUGACUUAACUGCGAGUUGGGAAGCUCCCGUUUAGACGGGAGUUGGACGAGCAAGUAGGGAGGGGGGAGGUUGUUUUCCCGCCUAAGCUUGCUCUCGGUCUUGGAGUCUAACUUUGCUGGUCUUCAAGAAGAGAACGAACGUCUCUUUUUGCAAACAGACUCCACGCCAGGGUCAGAUGUGUGCUUGGGACACUGUACCUGCCUGACAGGGUUGUGGACUCUUGGGGGCAGGAUCGGACUUAGGGGAGAGAGUACAGUGAAGAGGUGUGGUAAAGUAGUGUUGCUGGUUGACCUUGAUUGUGUCUCGAGCUCGUGUCCAGCACAGCUACUCAUUGGUAGUAAAAAGAGAUUCAGCGUGUCCUCUAGAAGGAGUAUGUGGUUUUUCCUCUGACCGCUGUCAUCAUGAGAGGAUGGGACUUGGGGAGUGUGGGUGUAGGGCACCAGCCAGGACCAAUUAAUUCCCUUCCCCGUGGUCUAGAGCAACUCCUUGGGGCUUCAGUAACUGAAAUGGGCGUGUCCCCUCUUGACCACUUUUGUUCCUGGUAAGUUACAGAAUCAUCUUUCCCUGCCGGGGUACACAGCUAGGACAGCAUGCCUCUAGUCCUUCAGCACCUAGGGUAGGGACCUUGUGUCUGUCAGGAUUGAAGUGCAGGAUAUCUUACUUUCCAGUAACGAUGUUCACCCUUCAGCUGCCAUUCCCUUUAAGGAUUGAGUCUUCUGUUAACUUUUGAGUGGCCCUUGCUGGUUCGCUGGGAGAUCAUUCUUAGGGUGUUCCCAUUUUUACAGUGGAGGAGUCUGUUGUUCAGGGUCCAGAGGCCAUGGGCCUAAGACCCACCCUGGCAAGAAGUUGGGGGUGUUGUUGGGGUGGUGCUGUGGCUGUCAGCACCAUCCCUCACUGAUUCCCCUGUCUCUUGGUUUGGGGUGGGCCAGGAUUCCUGUUGCACGUAUUUGAGGGGUGGGUUACUCCUGGCGCUUGUGUGGGACUGGCGUGGAGUCGGGAAGUGAGGAGCUAUGUGUCUGAGCAUCUGCAUUUGGCCCCAGCCAGGGUUCACAAAGCCAGUCAUCAACGAUGGCCAGGUGCAGAGAGAAGACCGGUUUUCUGACUGAGGAGGACAAGUGUCCCCUCCCUUUUUAGCCUCAGUUAGAGACUAAGAUUUGUGGGGAGUAAUUUAUAAUCUCCCAAUCUUGACUCACUGGCAACACCCUGUCAUCAUUACCAGACUGUGUGCUUUUAUACACCUCCAUGAUGGGCUUUAUUCAGAGAAUCCCUCCCCUGCUGAGUGCCAGAACAGAAGUGAAUUCCAGCUGUGGCUUUGGCCAGGUACCCUUGGAUAAUGUGGAGAAGGCACUCUCCUGUUGAGACUUGGAGAAUUGGGACCCAAACUUGGAGAGUCCUGGGUAAAGGAAAUGGUUCUUCUGAUGUUCACUGGAAUGACUGAGGUGCUUAAAUGGCCUUACUGCUUUGCUCUGUCAGCAGGUAGCAACAUUUGGAACUGGACAUUAGAUUUGCAUAGGUUUGUUGGUUGAGAAAGAGUGGAAAGGCCACCUUGUGGCAGUGAUGGCAGGGGGCUGGCUGAGUGUGAUAGUGUCUCGGGGCCUCAUGGGGUUCACAGUGUCCCUUGCCAAGGCUUCCUCCUGACUCAAGUUCGGAGUGAAAGCCUAGGUUGGAGCCCCGGCCCUGGCCCGUUCCCACUCGUCUUUCUCAGAUUCAUCCUUUUCAAAAGGCUCUGCUUCCCACAUUGGGUCCCAGAGCAAGGACAUGGCUGCUGCCAGGCCCAGCAUGCUGCCAGUGACAGGUUUCUUUCCUGGGCCCCCUGAAGCCUUGAGGUGGCCUUCACUGUCAGCAGCAAGGUGUAGAGACAGGCUUGAAGUUGCCCUAUUUCCUAGUUUCAACACGUAUAUGGGACCUAAGGCACGGAGCCUCUUCUGCGGAGCCUGCUAAGAGCUUUCCUUAAUUAAUGGGUGGUAUCACAGCUGAGUGUGCACCAGGGUGAAGGGCUAAGGAGAGAGGAUGGUGUCUGACCUUAGAACAAAAGUUUCCAAGGGUGGGAAUUCAGGGAAUGGCUCAGACAAUCUUACCUAGCACUUGAGAGUGAGUCCAGGCCUCUUUGGAGUUCCUCUUCAACAAGCCACAUUAAAAGAGAACCUGGAGCUCCCAAGAGCCCCAUCUGCCUGGAGGCCAAGAUGUAGCCCCAGGCUUAAGGGAGCUUCCUCCAGCUUGAGCCUCUUUGCAGCCAGCUGGCCCAGAAGCGUACCGGUGCUUUCUCUGAAUUUACCCAUGUUCUGAGAUUUGAUCCAGCUAAGUCUAGCCUGUCAACAUUGGACCCCAGGCUCCAGAGGAGGACCUGUCCAGGUUUUAUCAGUCUUACCAUUCCUAACUGUACAAGCAACUGGAUCUUUCUAUCACUCUGAUGUCAUCCUCUGCUUGCUUCCUAGGGUUGUGAGCCCCGGCCCAGCUCCUCUGCCUCCCUGCCUCCCUGAUGAGACCAUGGGCUCUGGCGGUGACUAAGUGGCCACCCUCUGCCCCUGUGGGUCACUGGCGAUUCUCUACAAGAUCUAGCAGCAGUCCAGGCCAGCUCUGGGGAAGCAGCUGCUGCCCCGACCGCCACACCUCUCUGUAGAGGAGCACCGAGCCUCAGCUCCUGCCGGCAGGAGCCCACGAAUGCUGCACCCAGUUGCCCAGCAGAGCCCGUUCAUGGUUGAUCUCCACGAACAGGUGCACCAGGGGCCUGUCCCUCUGUCCUACACAGUCACCACCGUGACCACCCAAGGGUUCCCCUUGCCUGCCAGCCAACCCAUCCCUGGCUGCAGCACCCAGCAGCUCCCGGCAUGCUCUGUGAUGUUCAGUGGGCAGCACUACCCCCUCUGCUGCCUCCCACCUCCGCUGAUCCAGGCAUGCACCAUGCAGCAGCUUCCUGUGCCCUAUCACACCUACCCCCACCUCCUCUCCAGUGACCACUACCUUCUUCACCCCCCGCCGCCGGCCCCGCCACCCCAGCCCACCCACAUGGCACCACUUGGGCAGUUUGUGUCACUGCAGAGCCAGCACCCACGAAUGUCCCUGCAGCGGCUGGAUAACGAUAUGGACCUUCGAGGGGACCAGCACCCCUUAGGUAGCUUCUCUUACUCCACCUCUGCCACUGGCCCAGCCUUGUCACCCUCGAUGCCCCUUCAUUACCUGCCCCAUGAUCCGCUGCACCAGGAGCUGUCCUUUGGUGUGCCCUACUCCCACAUGAUGCCAAGAAGACUGAGCACACAAAGAUACCGUCUACAACAGCCGCUGCCGCCGCCGCCCCCGCCACCGCCCCCUCCAUUUUCUUCCCCAAGCUUCCUCCCCUACUUCCUUUCAAUGCUGCCAAUGUCUCCGACGACCAUGGGCCCCACCAUCAGCCUGGGUCUGGAUGUGGAUGACGUGGAGAUGGAGAACUAUGAGGCCCUCCUGAACCUGGCUGAGCGGCUGGGAGAUGCCAAGCCCCGAGGCCUCACCAAAGCAGACAUAGAGCAGCUGCCGUCGUACCGCUUUAACCCUGACAGCCAUCAGUCUGAGCAGACUCUGUGUGUGGUCUGCUUCAGUGACUUUGAGGUGCGGCAGCUGCUCCGAGUCCUCCCCUGCAACCACGAGUUCCAUGCCAAGUGUGUUGACAAGUGGUUGAAGGCCAACCGGACCUGUCCCAUUUGCCGAGCCGAUGCCUCCGAGGUGCCCAGGGAGGCUGAGUGA